UUUCUUGACUCCCAUUUUCAGCUUCUUCCGUUUUUUAUUUUCUUUCUUUCUUUCUUCAUUCAAUCAAUUUUCAGAGGACGAAAAAAACAGAGUCCAUUUAUAAUUGAAGAUAGUGAAUCAAAUUAACGUUAAACUCAUAAUUGAGUGACAACAAUGGCGAUUUCUUUGAGAUGUUUCUCUCUUUGUUCAUUCACGAUCUUUCUUCUUAUUCUAAUUGUUAGUGUGAAAGCUUCAACAACACAGAAAAAUGAUGAAGUUGUACAGUCAAGGAAAUUAGUAACCCAAGAGUUGCAGAGUUUGAAGAAUUCAUCAAUGGUGGAAAGUUUGGAUGAUAAUAAUGAUGAAGAUACUUGGAAUAAUGAACACGCAGUUGAAAAUCCAGAAGAAAUUGCUUCUAUGGUUGAUAUGAAUAUCCGCAAUCACACGGAAAGAAGGAAAUUGGGAUAUUUCUCAUGUGGAACAGGGAAUCCAAUCGACGACUGCUGGCGUUGCGACCGCCGUUGGCACUUACGGCGUAAACACCUAGCCAAUUGCGCCAUUGGUUUCGGUCGUAACGCCGUUGGUGGCCGUGACGGUAAGUACUACGUCGUCAACAACCCUCGCGACGAUGACCCUGUUAACCCAAGACCCGGAACACUCCGUCACGCUGUCAUCCAAGAUAGACCAUUGUGGAUUGUGUUCAAAAGAGACAUGGUCAUCACACUCAAACAAGAGCUUUUAAUGAAUAGCUUUAAGACCAUUGAUGCAAGAGGUGUGAAUGUUCAUAUUGCUUAUGGUGCUUGUAUUACUAUCCAAUUUGUGACCAAUGUAAUUAUUCAUGGUCUACAUAUUCAUGAUUGUAAACCCACUGGUAAUGCCAUGGUUAGAAGCUCACCAAGUCAUUAUGGUUGGAGGACAAUGGCUGAUGGAGAUGCCAUAUCCAUUUUUGGAUCAAGUCAUAUUUGGAUUGAUCAUAAUUCUCUGUCUAACUGUGCUGAUGGUCUUGUGGAUGCUAUAAUGGGCUCCACUGCACUUACCAUUUCUAACAACUACUUCACUCAUCACAAUGAGGUCAUACUAUUAGGACACAGUGAUUCUUACACAAGAGACAAACAAAUGCAAGUGACCAUUGCUUACAAUCAUUUUGGUGAGGGACUUAUCCAGAGAAUGCCAAGAUGUAGACACGGGUAUUUCCACGUGGUAAACAAUGACUACACACAUUGGGAGAUGUAUGCUAUUGGUGGUAGUGCUAACCCCACCAUUAACAGCCAAGGCAACAGAUAUCUUGCCCCUGUUAACCCUUUUGCCAAGGAGGUUACAAAGAGAGUUGAUACAGACACUGGUUCAUGGAAGCAUUGGAAUUGGAGAUCAGAAGGAGAUCUAUUACUGAAUGGAGCUUAUUUCACUCCAUCAGGAGCUGGAGCUGCUUCCAGCUAUGCCAGAGCCUCAAGUUUAGGGGCUAAGUCCUCUUCCUUGAUUCCCUCACUUACUUCUGGUGCUGGUGUUCUUAACUGCCGUACUGGAGUACAAUGUUAAUUUUAAUUUCGUAAAAAAAAAAAACAGUAAAAAAAAUCAAAAAAAAAAAAAAGAGAAAGGAUGGAAGAAAAAUAAUAUUUCAUUUUUUUCUUCCUCCUAUUGUUAUAGCAUUAUGAUGAGUGAGUGAGUUUGCAGUCAUUAAAUCUGUUUACAACAAAAGCCUAUUUUGUAUUUGCCCCCUCCCCCAACUGUCAAAUUUGAAUAUUUGACAAAGUGUAAAUUUUUUAUUUACUUUUUUACCUUUUUUUUUUACCUCAAAUGUUGUUACAUUGUUAUCUAUUAAUCCACUUUAAUAGAGGGAAACUAGAAAGUGCCGCUAUUAGGCUCUGUUUAAAGUGCCAAA